AUGAUUAAUUUUGAUUAUGGGUCAGAUAGUAGCAGUAAACCUCUUUUAUUAAUCAUGGAGAAUAUUCAUAAAAAUAAUAUUCGACUGUCUGCAUCUGAAAUAUUGGUAUUUGUUCGGUACUUUGGCUUAUUAAUUGGAGAUUUUGUUCGCAAAAAUGAUCCAGUAUGGCAUUUGUAUAUACUUUUAAGACAAAUUCUCGAUUUAAUAACAUCUAUGUCAUUGCAAGUAGAUUCGUGUGAGCUCUUACAAACAUUAAUAGCUGAACACCAUGGCCUUUACCUUAUGUAUAGUAAACAAAAUAUUAAGCCAAAACAUCAUUUCAUGUUAUAUUACCACACUAUGUUAAACAAAUUUGGCCCCCUUGUAGCAUUAUGGUCAAUGAGGUUUGAGGCAAAACAUAGGAUAUCCAAAAUAGCUGCAAACACUACUAGCAAUAGACGAAAUAUAUGUAAAACGUUGGCAAUCAAACAUCAGUUGCAAUUAAACUAUACAUUUUUUAAAGGUUCAUUACCUACCCAUUUUGAAACAGGUCCUCCCAAGCUCCUGAGUGACUUAGAAUUGGAAGUUUUAAAAAAUGUUUUACAAUUUAGUUCUGUAGAAUCUAUUGUUAAGUGUCCUUGGGUGUUUGUAAAAGGUACCAAAUAUAAGCCAAAGCUAGUACUCACAUUAGAUAUACAUGAAAAUGAUCUUCCUAUAUUUGGAAUAAUAAAAGAUAUUGUUUUAUUUAAUGAUACUUUGGUAAUUUGUAAGUGUAAGCUUACUAACACUGUUGCAUUUGAUGAUCAUGUACCUAUUUUUAUAUGA